ACGCCAGCUGCCGGGAGAUUCCCAUGUGGAAUGGAGUUUUUUGGACAAGAUGGUCCAUAUAAACAUAAACGGUUCUGACAAGCCUGAAGAACAGGCCCAGUUCUUCAGAAGCAGAACCAUGAUGAAUGAAGACCUGCUGGAUUCUGGAGACCUCAGCCUGACUCUGAAGCAACCCACAGAGGCAGACAGUGGAGACUAUAAAUGCAUAUUCGACAGCAGGACUAUCUGGAGAGUGAAAACAGUCCGUCUCAAAGUGAAAGGAAGAUCUCAAGUUCAGGAUCACAGAGAAGACAUGAGAAGAAGAGGAAGCUCCUCUGAUCCAACUCCUCUGAUGGUUGAUCCGUCACUCUAAUCAUUGCAU